AUGGAGUUUACCGGAGGAAAGAUUGAAAAUGGUUCUUUGCAAGAUUGUGCUCAAUCUCAAACUGCUUUCGUUCCUGGAAGACAAUUGUUGGAUGGAGUUCUAGUCAUCAAUGAAAUCCUUGAUUAUGCUAAGAAGGCUAGACAAGAUUGUUUGCUACUGAAAGUUGAUUUUGAAUUAGCUUAUGAUUGCGUUAAUUGGGACUUCAUGCAGUUUGUUCUUCUGAGUAUAGGUUGUAGGGCAAAGUGGAUGAAGUGGAUGGAAGCGAGCAUAUUCAACAACAGUCUUUCAAUUUUGGUUAACAGAAAUCCUACGGAUGAUUUUUCAGUUGAAUGUUGUUUACGGCAAGGCGACCAAAUUUCCCAUUUUCUGUUUGUUUUGGCUGCUGAAGGCUUAACCUGUCUCAUUAAUAAGGUUGCAAACUUAGGUAAAUUUUCUGGUUUUUCUAUUGGCAACUCGUCAAAGCAUCUCAUUUUGCAGUUCGUUGAUGAUACUAUCAUCAUUGGGAAAGAUAAUUGGGAGAAUGUGUGGAGUAUUUAA